UUGUGGGUAAGCAGGAAGUAAACAAACUCGCAUGGUCGCAUAAGAUUCUGCGGUGGUUCGCAGCAGGAAACCUCCGAGAUCCGACUAUCAGAGAAAAGAUGGAUAUGUUGAAAGAAAAGAUGGAUGUGUUGAACGAUUUCCAGCGAUUCUUUUUCUCUAUGAGUCGUUUGGCUUCGUUUCCCUGGACUUUUCUAGAAAAAGACCUGCAAAGCAACAAAUCAUCACAAUUCAUUUCAGAUAUCUUGAAACAGACAUGUCUUCACUCUCUGUGCACUAAGUUUCCACCAUCAGUCAAAUACAGGAGGCUGUUCAUCUCUGAGCUCAUCAGACAGCAGGAGCAUGCGGGCUGCGACCCUCUGGACGAGCUGUACGACGCUCUGGCCAAGGUGCUGGGAGCUGAAGACACGACUGACUGCUACAAGAGCUACUUACUGCCCUGUGGUGACUCAGUCAGCCUGUUGGAGAACGUCGCUCUGAUCUCAGAGGGAACCACCGGUCUGGUGACCUGGGAGAGCGCCCUCUACCUGGCAGAGUGGGCUCUGGAUCACCAGCAGGCCUUCACCGGCAGGACGGUUCUGGAGCUGGGCAGUGGUGUGGGGUUGACUGGUAUCACCAUCUGUCGCUCCUGCAGCCCGGACAGGUUUGUCUUCAGCGACUGUCACCCCAGCGUCCUGCAGAAACUGAGAACCAACGUCCACCUGAAUAGCCUGAGUGAGCAGACGACUCCCGCGGUCAGCGUUGAACUGCUGGACUGGACAACAGCGACUGAGGAGCAGUUACAAGAGAUCGGAGCUGACACCGUCAUCGCUGCAGAUGUGGUGUACGAUCCCGACAUCGUGGGAAGCCUGGUGACACUCGUGUCCAAGAUCCUGAGAUGUUCUUCUCCUGAGGUCCUUAUCUGCUCCACCAUAAGAAACCAGGAGACGUACAGCAGCUUCAAGCAGCAGCUCGAAAUCGCAGGAAUCCGCCAUCAUGUGAUCACAGGACCCGUCAGCCACGUGUUUCCUUACAGCAGAUUCUCGUCCAUAGAAAUGAUCAAACUUUACAGAUGACAAACAUGUAGUGCCAUAACGAUUUUAUUUACAAAAGAACGUCAUCGCAGUUUCAAACAAUUGAAUCAAGGCCGCUUUCACUCCUACCUGGUUUCCCGUUGCUCCAGAUUUGCAGUCCGCAAGUAUGGGAGGGCUUGUUUGGUGAUGGUGGUCUCACCAGGGAAUUUAUCCUGAUCCUAAUAAAGGCUAUUCUGGUCAUUUUGUUGGACCCCACAACAAGAGCCUUGCUCUUGUUCCCUUGUUAAGUGUCACAGGACCAAUUUUUGCAGACUUCAUUGAGGUUGACCACUCAGAUCUUCAGGAGUACCUUCUGGUCUGCUUGUUUGAUGUUAGUGUUACAAUGUGUAAUAUUCAACCAGUUUGAAAAAGAACCCUUUAUGGUAUUGUGCUUUCAAUCAUUUUCUUAGAUUACCUGAAAGUUUUGAUUACACACUGUACUUUCAGCCAACACUGUCAUAUAUUUUUUAUCCAGUAAUGUUCCCUCGACAAAAGUUUUUAGGGAAUGUAAAAGAAAAUGUUGUUAUUGACAUUUAAAUCAUGAUCAAGAUUUGUGGUGAAACAUGACAUUGUGUAAUUAAUGAUUUUCGUUGAGGUUGAAGGUGGGUUUAUGUCAACGCUCCCCUUCUGUCAAUAGAUGAACUGCUAAUGAUUAUUAUUGAAUCUUUUUUUCACAUUUAUUUUUUAGAUUAAAAUGUUUAAACAACAACAUCAGUAACACCCGCCCUCUAAGUAUUGAUAUUGGCCAUUAAAAAAAUCAUUUCGCUCAAUGGCCACUGAACUGUAGUAGAGUUAAUGUGCAUAAAAUACUAUGAAUUAACUAUCGUAUUGGAUGUAAAAAUACAAUUGUAAGUGUGACUGAUUUAAAAUCUAAAUUGUAUUCAUUAAUGUUCUAAUACUAAUGAAUAAAUGAACUUCACCAGUACAUUCUUUAUUCACUAGUAUGCAUGUAUUAAAUAUGUUUUAUUGUUUUUUGUUGCUUUGGAUGUUUCUGAAAGCAAACGUCUGUGCCAUUAGCUUUAACCUUCCCCCUGAGUCAUGGUUAUGAGAACUUUUUAAGAAAUCUGCACCAAG